GGAGCUCAAAAAAAAUAAAAUAAAAAAGAACAAAGCUUAUAGUUGCCUGCGCGGUCGGUAGCAAUACAAAGUCGUCUUCCUUAAUUUAUAUACACAUAAACAAACACACAAACAAGUAUACUGAAAACCAACAAUAAACAGAAAGCAAGCAAAUACAAACGGUGCAGUGCAAAUAGACUGCAGUGACAGUGGGCCGUGAUGCAUAAAGUACAAUUAAAAAAAAAUAAAAAAUACAAAUAUACAUAUAUUUCACAUAAAAAAGAAAAAGACAUACUUACCGUUUAAGUGCUGCUAUCAACGUAUCUUGAAUCCUGCAUCCUAUAGACUCACCUGUGGAACCUUAUUCCGAAACGGCUGCCUAAUUGUCGUUGUGAAUUUCUGCUGUGGACUUAACCUGACCGCUACACCGUUGGACAUCGCGGGAAUGAACUGCAACUGUAUUGUCUGCAAGAGGGAAGUGAAGGCUGGAAACAAACGGGUCCAUGAUAAACAGGUUCAUUGGACGCCGGGGGAUACCAGCCACGAUACAUUGGGACAACGCGACGAACUUCGUCGGAGCGGAGAGGAAGCUGAGGGAGCUGCGGGAGGCCUUUCUGAAGCAGAAGCCGGAGAUUCUCCAGUUCGCCGCCGACGAAGGGUUCACGUUCGCCUUCAUACCUCCGAGGGCGCCCCACUUCGGCGGGCUGUGGGAGGCAGCAGUGAAAUCAGCGAAACACUUACUGGUGCGCGCCGCAGGCAACGCGCUGCUAACCGGCGAAGAAGCCGCAACCCUGCUCGUCGAAAUCGGGGCAGUGCUCAAUUCGCGACCGCUCGCACCGCUCAGCAGCAGCCCCAACGAUGGCGAGGCGCUAACGCCGGCGCACUUAUAUAUCGGAUGCCAGCUGCGAGCCUUGCCUCCGGAGAAAGUGCCCGACAGCCCCAACCGCUGCUUAGAGAGAUAGCAGCUUGUUUGCUUUCUCAAGCAACAAUAUUGGCGCGCGUGGUCGAAGAACUACCUUAUGGAGCUCCAGCAGCGCAACAAGUGGGCGAAACUGCAGCCCAACGUCGAGCCAAGCCAACUUGCCGUCGACCACGAGGACAACCUGCCACCGCAGCAGUGGGUGUUGGGCCGAAUCAUGGCAACAAUACGCGGCGCAGACGCCAAGGUGCGCGUCGCCGACAUCGCAACUAAGUCUGGGAUUAUACGACGCCCCAUUCAUAAACUAGCUGUUUUACCAAUAAACGAAGAUUGAAGGAGAUUAGGUCCCUUCAAGGUGGCCGGUGUUGAAGCAGAUGAGCAGGCAUUUGAAUUUAUGAGUAUAAUAACAAAUGAAAUUUUGAAGUACGCAUACAUUGUUCAAAUUUUUUUAAUUGUCAUAAUGACAUGAAUAUGCAUACUUAAAUCUACAUGCAUUAAUGUAUAUACAAAUUUACCUUUCUGUUCCUUCGUUCACUUACCUCCCUUCUCGUUCAUUUACUUACCCUUUACACUUGUAUACUUACCUUGCGUACUUAUAUUUUCGCUAUAUACUUACCCCUUCAUACUUACCUAUUUACCUACAUAUUACUGUUCUUUCGUUCUCCUCUUCUCCUGAAUAUAAGCCGCUGGCUAAUAAAUAUAUAGAGAGCCGCUAGUUAGUGAUUGCAUGGGUUAAGAAACUGAAAUUGAAUGUCAAAUAAACAUUUGAAUUGUUACAAUAGAAGUGACCGGUCGUGCUCAAUAGUAAUUUAAUACGCUUUGCAGGCAACUACUUAGAUAAGUACGUGCUCAUAAGUAUAAACAACCUAGUCCGUGAAUUAAUAUUCUUCGCGCUCCCGUACAAAAACCAUCAGGGUUUAGAAACUAA